AAUUUCGAGCGGAGUAUUGUCGAAAAUUUAUAACAAAAUAUAAUUCUUUAUGAAUAUCGGGCUGUAAAGAUACGAAUAAAACUAUUUGCCUACGAAAAUUAGCGUUACUUUUGUGUAAUUUAUCAGGUAGUGCGAUGAGCAAAAGCGACUUCGAUUGAAAUCCGUCUGCGUUGAGAAACGAAUCGCAAGUUUGCAGUAGUAUGUUGCUAAAUAUUUAUUCUUCUCUAAGAAUUAAUAUCUAACUACAAGCUCAGCAGCAGCUGGUAGUGCACAAACCUUAACUGUAAUUAAGGUAAAGAAUAAUAUAGUGAAUUCAACAGUGUAGUGUUUUUGUGAAUCAAGUGGAAAACAAUACAAAGCUUACAGCUAAACGUAGAUAAUUUCAAAGAUGCAAACAAAUGGAAGUGAAUCGUAUAUAAUAAUGUUUCAAAUGCAAAAUUAAUGUAAUGUGCAAUCUGAUAAAUUUAACAAAGUGUACGACAAAGAACGAAUGAAGUAAAGUGAAAGUGGAGAAUUGUGAUUUUGCAUUGUGGCAAGUAGUAGUGAAGUUGAAUGGAAGCAACAAUUGAAAAGGCAAAACUAAAAGAUUUGUAACCCAGAAAAUACAACCUUGUAAAAUUGCGGAAACAUUUUCGUUCGUCGUCAAAUUGUUAAAGUGAUACAGUUUGUAUAAACAUAAAAAUUGAGAUUUUGGCGCAAAAAGUGGACGUUCAAGGUUUUUCAUAGUAGCAGCAGCAAACAAGAUUGUUAUCCGUAACGCCUUCAAGAUGCCAAACGAAGUAGCAGUCGUAUUGUCCUUCAACAGGCCGAUGCCAUUCAGAAACGCGUCCCAAUAGUUUGCAAUUAUAUAAAAAUGACUUAGAACUACGCCAAAUCGUUUUGGGACGUCUGGAACUGAUUGAUAUUUAUUGCACGUACAGUGCAGUUGUGAUUGAAAGCGAAGAAGCACUGCGCAGCUAAUGGAAAAUGGUUUAGUGGACUCUACAAAAAUCUACGCAUAAAGUAUCACAUAUCCCACUUUAUUAGAUUUCCAACAACAAAUAUCUUCUGAUACUGCACACUUAUGUAUACUUAAUAGAUACAGUCUCCUUUAGAAAUCAAAAAAUACUCAUUUCUCGUGAACACAUACUCUAAGCACAAAUCGCCAAUAUGAAUUCCGUAAUCUCCGCGUUUAAAACGAAAAAGAAUUCCAGCAAUUCUGCCGCAGCCAAUGACAAGUCCACUAAUAACCUCGGCACUCUGAACACCACCAGCUCCGUCAGUGCGAAGAAGAAGGCAAUUAAUGCACAGGAUAACGGUUAUCAGUAUCUGCGACACAUACGCGAAAUCGAAUCCGCCACCAAGAUGUUGUCGCCCGUCGUGGUGGUCGAUGACUUUCGACCGCCCUGUGUCGAUGUGGUCGAUCACGCGCCCGCCACCGUACGUUUGGCAGCAGCUUUGGAUUCAACAUUACCAGCCGACUACAAUAUGAACGGUGCGAAGUGUGCGUUGUUGAAUGGUGGCCCUGUUGCUAGUGGUGGCGAAAUAAUUGUGCGAGUGGGAAAUAUGAACGCAACUAAUUUUGUAGCAAAUGUGGAGAAUGGCAAUUGCAGUGAAACACCCGCCAGCAAGACGAUGACAAACGGGCAGACGACUCAAAGUCCACCAACGCCCAGCAGUCCGGUGGCGCAGCUGCUCGACGCUGACGAUGAUGAGUCAGAGCACUCGACAGCAGCAUGCACGAGUAGCUCCAGUGAGCAAAGCAACAGCACGGUGGUGCAUAGUCCAACGGGCUUACGUGUGGCGGGGACAACGGGUGCCAAAGUCGCGUCUACCGCACAAGCCAGUCCAGCAAAAAGUCUGCGCAGCAAUUCCUCAACAUCGUCCUCAUCCUCCACAUCCACCUGCACCUCUACCAACUCUGCCGCCAGCACAUCAGCAUCUUCAUCUAUUGCCGCCAUAUGCAAUUCCGGACCGAGUUCGUGCAGUUCGACUACCAGCUGUGAUGCGACUACGCUAGCCAACUCUUCGCCACACAAUUCCACAUUAACGUUGUCGUCGUCGACGGGCAGCGGCGCUAGUGUCGCAUCGACUUCAUCUUCGCCCACAGAGCAGCUGAUCAGCGCCAAUGCAGCAGAUGCCGAUUAUGUGCCUGCGUUUCUGAAGUCUGCGCCCGUCACAUUGCCCAUCAUCAUGCCGAAUGGCAACAGCAGCUUGGCGUCGAUGCCACCACACUACCACGGAUACGGCUUGAAUGGUGGUGGCGGUGCGGGUAUCGGUGUGUGCGGUGGCACACCCGUUAACUCGGCUUCCACGACGCCGAAGCACGUGCGUUAUCCAAAACCGCGUUUGAGUUUGAGUCGCUUCAUCAAUCAUUCGAUGCCGUCGGUGCAUGGACGACCGAAUCUGAGUGUGGCAGGCGGCGCAGCAACAGGCGGUGCCGGCGCGGGCGGGGCGGCGGGUACAAAUCCGCCAAAGCGCAUUUCGACGCAUCAGCGGAAUUUGAGUUUGGACUUUAGGUCGAUGGGCAUUUUACUGCCACCCGUCUCACAAGUGACCAACACACGCAUCAAUUUAACGCAACAUCAUCGCAAUCGCAGCCUGGACAGCGCCUUGCAGCGCAUACCGGAGGUUGAAGUCUCAUCGCCCAAUUCGGAGAGCGAGAAUACAUUCUGCACACCAUCCAUUCUGGGCACUACUAUGUGCUCGAAAAUCGUCACGACUGCAGCCAAUGUAACAGCCGCCCUCACAACCACCACAACACCAGCGCUGACGUCAUCAUUAACACCUUCGCCGCCAUCCUCGUUAUCGGCUACGCCAGCUAGAGUGUCGACCAUAACAGGUGGUUUAAUGGACUCAGUGUCUGCUGCCCCAAUUGCAGCUAUGACCACAGAGCCCACAGCCAACAACAGCAUAAGCAUUAACAACAUCGGCAGCGGCGUGAGCAACAGUACUAUUGGUAUUGGUGGUGGUGGGGCCGUUGCGAUUGUCGAGUCCUGCCCAACGUUACGCAUUCGUCCUAAAUCGAGUGAGGCCACGACACGUUGUGGAGUGGUGCCGCUUGCCGGUGCGGCAUCGUGCAGUAAUCACAGCAACAACACCAGCAGCAACAAUAGUAACGGCAGCAGUAGUAGCAGUAAAAAGCGUGAAGACCUCACCAGUCUCGGAUCCGAUGAUUCAGGCAUAAUUUGUGGUUCCGAUUCGGAUCAAAUUUCUCUCAAUCGCAUACGUCACUCACACGAAUCGCUAGACUCGGGUGAAAUGGACGCCGAGGAGGAAUGCAUUGACAUGCUCGAAACAACUUCUAUGGAUGAGGAAUAUGGUAUGCUACAAUCGGACUUGAUAUUUUACCCAUCCGGUGAAACAGACUGUCGAACGCUACGUCCAUCACGCAAGCAGAAACAACUUCAACAACAACAAAAUCAUGGCAAACACCUGCGCAGCGCCACUACCGAUGCGGAUGUUAUGGGCGCCACUGAAGAUGAUAGUGACGCAGACAUUGACGUCAAAGCAGCAGCACAGCUGUCGGAACGUAUGCGCUAUCGCGAAUUGAACAUGUCACAGGCAGCGUUGAAUUUGGAACGUGCGAACAAUGAUACACCUACCACUCUUAAUGUCGAUGUGGACACACCCACGGCUGAUACAGUGGAUGCGGCCACACCAGUAACGAUACAGCCGAACCCACUAUUAACUUCGACGAGCUCUACGAGUGGCGCUUUAACAACACAACCCACACAGUCAGCGAAGACACAGAAAAUCGCAGAUGCGGCAGGGGCUGGCGCUGCUGCUGAACCACAGAAAAAGAGCUUCUUUGGUGCAACUAAGAAUGCUUUCUUCCGAACCGCACAAAGCAUCAGAGAUAAUCACGACAAAAAGAAUGCAGCAAAGAAUAAGAGCGAUGAAAACACUGGCAACGCGGGUGCCAGCACAGCUCCGGACCAAGUGAAAUCUCCCACAGAUAUAUCGAAGAAGAAAGAGUUCUUUAGCCUGAUCACAUCGAAUUCGAUAAAGAAAGCUGCCGCCGCGGCAGCUGCAGCUGCGGCUGCUGCUACUUCUGCGCAACCAUCUGCUUCCAAUACGCCAGCCGCCACUCCAUCAGCCGAUUCAACGCCAGUUGAGCCGAAAUAUCCAAAGUUUCCAUCUUUAGUGUCUUCCGCGAUAGAAAGUGUGGAGAAGAAAGCUUGUGCUGCUACAGAAGGUACGGAGAGAACACUUAAUCUCCCCCUGCCGGGUCUCGGUGCUUCCUCUUUGUCAACCUCUAUUGCCAAAUCGGCUUCCAUCUCUUCGUUAAACAAAUUAAAAGUUCCAGGUGUGGUAAAAUGCUUCAUCAAGGAGCGUCCGACCAACAACGAGCAAUUGCAAAAGACUGAAAAAGGCCCCAGUGGACUGCUAAGAUUCUUCGAAUCUCCCGUCUUCAACAUACACUUUGCUAUACACUAUCUAUUCUAUUCGAAAGAACCCGGUGUGCUCAGCUUUAUUGGUAAUAAGAUAUUCAGUUUCCCGGACCAAGAGGUAGACCUCUAUAUGCCACAGCUAAUUGUCAUGUACAUACAAAUGGAUGAAUUGGCCGAAGUGCUCGAUCCUUAUUUGACAAUACGUUGUCGCAAGUCGGUGGACUUCUCAUUGAAAUGCCUCUGGCUACUUGAAUCCUACAAUUAUCAAUUCGACUCACUAGGCAAUGGAUCACGAAAAUCGCAACUAGCCCUCAUGAAGGAAAUCUAUUCGAAGAAAGAACGUAAAGUAUUGAGUAAAUCGGACGCUAAGGAGCUGCCGCCAGCAGCAGGCGGUGCUGUGGCUGCCGCUGCCGUUUCACCGUUGACAAAAAAGACACACCAUCGUUCGCAAUCUGACGCCACACUACUGUUGAGUGAUUCACGACGCCACCCCUCAUCCAUCGCACUAAGCAUAUCAAAUCGCCACUACCAACAGCCGCCAUACACAACGCAAACUCUGCCGCUGAUAUCGCCCAAGUUGUGUUUAGGUGACUUGACUUCUGGGCGAGCCUUCGACAAUGGUUGCACCUGCUUCGAUAGCGUACGCGGCCAGGUUAAUGGCCUGCUUGGCCAAAAAACCGUGUGUUCAUGCAACGCGCCUAAAACUGCCCCGGAGAAAGAGUUCAUGAAAGCUCUGAUAAAUGUUGGGAAAAAUAUCACAUCGCUGCCGUCCAAGGCGGAGAAAACCUCAGCGCUACGCAUGUUUUUGAACCUGAUUAAUAAGAAUCUGCCGGCUCGCGUUUGGCUUCCGGUAUUUUCCGACAUUCCACAUCAUGUGGUGCGCAUAACAGAGGAAAAGACUGCGGUGCUCAACUCCAAAGAUAAGACGCCGUACAUAAUUUACGUCGAGGUGGUCGAGGUGCCCGAUAUUUAUUCAUCCCCUCUCAUACCGAAGAUGAUGCCAUCACUGCGACAUACGAAAAGCGAGGAGCACUUAGAAGGCGCCUGCAGCCAUCACCAUCAAAUUCAUCAGCACAAUCACGGCCACAACCAUGUGAGUUGUAGUCGCACAUCGAGUUGUAGCUCACAUGGUGGCGCUGCCAUUAGCGGUUCAAACUCCGGCUCCAGUUGUCGUCGUAAAAAGGAGAAACUGCUCUCCGAGUCAUCAUCCGUGGCUUCGGAUGCCCAGACUUCAACAGCUGCUAACGGCGAUGGUGCACAUGUAUGCAACGCCCAGGCAAUAGGUCUCUCUCUCGGUGGCCUGCAUUUAACCGAAGACGAUGUGUGGUCGCAGGAGGACGACGAGAUAACGGCACAAUAUAUGCAUAUGCGAAAAUUAAGCGAACGAGAUGCGGUCUCUCAAAUGUCACUAGACUCCUGUGACUCAAGGGAUCAAGGCAUUCCUGUUCUUUUCAAUAUCGGCGAUGUGCGCACCCGCCACUGCAAUAACUUAACCUGCGAAAACACAAAAUCAUUCAACAAUGAUCCAGAAGAUCCCUCAGCGGCAGCUUUGAAGGAGCCCUGGCAUGAAAAGGAGCAACAGAUACGCGAAUCAUCGCCCUACGGCCAUUUGUCCAAUUGGCGCCUGCUCUCGGUAAUUGUUAAAUGUGGCGACGAUUUGCGGCAGGAGCUCAUGGCUACGCAACUUUUACAGAUGUUCAAAAUCAUUUGGCAAGAGGAAAAUGUCGAUCUCUGGGUGCGACCGUACAAAAUUGUUUGCUUAUCCAGCGACAGCGGUCUGAUUGAGCCAAUCCUGAACACGGUGUCACUGCAUCAAAUCAAAAAGAAUUCUAAUAAAUCGUUACGCGAUUAUUUCAUCGACGAGUAUGGCUCAGCAGAUGGCGAACUGUUCCGUGCGGCACAAAAGAAUUUCGUGCAAAGUUGUGCUGCUUACUGUUUGAUAUCGUAUUUGCUGCAAGUGAAGGAUCGGCACAAUGGUAACAUUUUACUACAUUCAGACGGUCACAUCAUACAUAUAGACUUUGGAUUCAUACUGAGCAUAUCGCCGAAAAAUUUGGGUUUUGAGCAAUCUCCAUUUAAACUGACACCCGAAUUCGUUGACGUCAUGGGCGGUACGAAUUCAGACCUGUGGAAGGAGUUCAAUCACUUAUUGCUUGUUGGCAUGAUGACUGCGCGCAAGCACAUGGAUCGAAUCAUAAAUUUUGUGGAAAUAAUGCGUAGCAAUGCACAAUUGCCGUGCUUCAAAAACGGUUGCUCCGGCACCGUACAGAAUCUCCGAAAGCGUUUCCACAUGAAUUUGACCGAACAGGAAAUGGAGCGCAAAGUAGAGCAACUCGUACAGGACUCACUCAAGAGCCUCUCCACAAAGUUAUACGAUGGCUAUCAAUACUAUACGAAUGGCAUAUUGUGA